AUGCCGCGGCAGGAGGUCGAGGUGGUCAUCGGUGCACGGCAGGGUGCCGUCAAAGGCUGGGACCUUGGUGUUCGAGGUAUGACUGUUGGCGAGAACCGGCGGCUUGUGGUUCCACCGGCGUAUGCCUACGGCGAGCACGGCUCUCCCUCGCUCGGCGUUCCACCCGACACCGAGCUGGCGUUCGACAUCGAGCUUGUCGAGCUCACCAAAGAGGCCAGCACUCGGGAUCGGAGCAAGGGCAAGAGCCGCCAGGCGUCGGCAGUGCCGCCGCGGACCAAGUUGGCUCUGCUGGACGCGCUGUGCGGGCUGCACUCGGGAAAGCUGACCAAAGCGCUUUCGGAGCAUGUUGCGCCGCAGGCGUUUGUGAUGGUGCUGCGGCCGCUGUGUGUGGAUCCGGUGAAAGCGAUUCGGGCGGCGACGCUGCGGACGCUGCGGUACUUUGCACGCGACAAGGAGGUGAUUGAGGCGAUGCUGGCAGCCAAGAUACACGUGUUUGUGGGCCUCUCGCUGGAAAAGGACGCCAAGCACGAGAUGGAGCGGAUGCAGGCGAUGAAACUUGUGCGCAAGCUGAUUGAGGUGCACCCAGAGGCGUUUCCGCGGUCGCUGGCGGUGAGCCUUGUGGCGAUUGCGACGCAUGUUGAGGACGCGUUCUGCCGGGUGUGCCUCGAGUCGCUCUGCGAGCUUGUGGUGCGCAAUGCGCGGGUGGUUGCACUUGCGGGCGGGAUCAAGACCCUCAUCGAGGCGAUCCACGUCAAGAAGUUUGAGGACAUUGUGGAGCCGCUGACGCUGACGCUGAUGUACUUGCUCAACGGGCCGGAGGCGCGGCAGUACGUGCUCCACCACAUCGACAUGGGGACAGUGCUGUCGCCGCUGACGGAUACGUACACGGCGCACGACCCGGACGUGGUGCGCAAGCGUGCGGCGACGGUGCGUGCGCUGCUAGCGAUGCUCCGGUCGUGGCCGGGGCUCAUCGGGCUCUCGUCGCUGCAGCACGUGGGGCUCUCGUCGGUUGUCUCGGCGCUGUGCCUAGAGGACGAGUCGAUUCGGUACUCUGUGCUUGACCUUCUGUUCCGGAUUUUCCGGCUCCGCAAGCCGCCGCGGACGAGCUCGUUCCCUGCGGCGCUCAAGGCGCACUCUGCGUCGCUGGUGCACAAGGUGACGGAGCUCUCGCGAGUCCACGAACGGUUCUCGCUCUCAGACGCGUACAUGGCGGCUCUUCUGGUGGGCUUUGUGUCUGCCGGCCUUGUGGAAGCGCUGGUCUCGCUGGGCAUCUGCGACGACCGCGAGCUGGCGGUGCAGGUGACGAUUUUGCUCGGCGAGCUGCUGCACAUGGCGAACAAGAUCCUGCCGCAUGGGCAGUGUGCGCAGCUGCAGACGCUGCCGUCGCUGGUGGCGACUGCGGCCGAGUUCCGCAACCAGGACGAUCCGUUUGAGCGGUCGCGGGCCAACACGCUGCUGUCCAGCCUGCACGAGUUUGCGCGAGUCCGCAAGCUGGCGUCCGAGUACACCGACUUUCACAUGCAGCUCCUCCUGCUCAACACGUACAAGACGCGGCGGCGGGAGGGGACGGACUCGACCGGCGCGUCAUCUUUCAACGACCACAUCAAGAACCUCAAGGUCAAGCUGGAGGCGUCGAUGGACGACAAGUCGUUUGACGCGCUCCUCAAGUCGACGCAGAUCUUUGGCACCAAGGACUUUACCAAGUGGCACUGGGACGUCAUCGCCGAAGUCAUCGAGGGUCCUCUGUCGGAUGUGCGGCGGAUGGAAGAGUGCAUCACGCGGACCAAGUUUGCAAAGCGCAUUCUCUCGUUCCUCCGGCCGUCGAACCACCAGUUCUCGGACAUGCGGAUUGACAAGCGGAACAAGCACAAGAACCUGCGGUACAUCCGGACAGCGUGCUCGUUGCUCGACGCGCUGAUGGCGUCUGACGAAGGUGCGCGAUACCUGGCAGAGAACGAGCUGCUCGAUCAGAUUGCCGAGUUUUGCCGGGCCGAGGUAGCGCAGGGUGCAGGGACAGGGACGGGGGCGGGCGAUGGAAGCGGCAGCAGCGGCGGAGGUGGUGGUGGUGGCGGGAGCUCGUUUGAGCCUGGGCCAGGGGUGACGCUCUCGGACCGGUUUCUGGAGAAGAACCGGCUGACGCGGACGAUGACGCGCGAGUACUUUACGAUGCUGGGAGUGCUGUCAUCGACAAAGCGCGGGCAGGACUUGCUGGAGCAGAAGGAGCUGUUCAACGUGCUGUAUCCGCUGACGGACGGGGCGCGCGGGCGGGAAGACCUUGCCAAGCUCAUUGUGACGUCGCUCGAUUACAACCUCAACGGGCACCCGCGGGUGCUCCUCGCCAAGGCCAUGACGUGCAAGAACCGCAACAUCCGGUACAUUGCGACACGGCACAUGCGUGUGCUGCUCCGGGCGGGCGUGUCUGACUUUCCCAACUGGGGCACAGACCUGUUGGUGACACAGCUCAACGACUCGGACAAGGACAUUUCAGCUACGGCGCUCAAGAUCCUGGUCGAGUCGUGCGAAGACGCGGACACGCUCGCGACGCUCAUUUCCAAGCGGCCUCUCCUUGCCACGCUUGAGGGCAAGGGCAAGGACAUCCUGCUGCGGUUCCUCUCGUCGCCAGCCGGUUUUGGCUACCUCACUGAGCACGCGUGGAUCGAGAGCGAAAUGGCGCACUGGCACGCCAAGGGCAACCUCGAGUACGUCAACUCGCUCGAGGUCGCGCUCGCCAAGUCGCUGCAGAAGUUCCUCUUUGGCUCUACUGCGGGCUCGGGCUCGGGUCCGUCGGGCUCGGGCGGGAGCAAGGGCCGUUCGGGCUCGGGCUCGAACGACGAGGGCACAACGACAGUGCUCCGGCCGCACUUUUACGGCGAGCUGGCCAAGACAAGUCGGGGCGUGGCACUGCUCGCCGAGUCGGGCCAUAUCAACGAGUUCCUUGCGCACCUGGCAUCGGAUGAGACGCACAUUGUGUACCGCAAGUCGGCGCUGUGGGCACUCGGGCACAUUGCGGCGUCCGACUCGGGCUACGCCUUCCUCGCCGACGAUGGCGCCGGGCUCGGGCCGGGCUCGGGCUCACUCAUCGACCAGGUGGUGGGCCUCGCCGAGGGCUCGGACCGGCUCUCGCUCAAGGGCACGGCGUACUUUGUGCUCGGUCUGGUCUCUAUGUCUGAGGCUGCGGCUAGCGAGCUGGCGCUGUUUGGGUGGGAGGCAAACGGGACCAAGGGCAUCUGCGUCCCGCGCGAGCCUGAAGCGUUUCUCUCGAUUGUGCCGUCGACGUACUGCGGGCUCUGGGCCGAGUCUGCCGAGAACGAUCCGAGCAAGCAGCUCGAUCCGGAUGAUGACCGCGACGCGCCGACGGCGACGCCCCGGCCGGGCGACGACGAGGCCGAGUUUGAGCUGGCUGUCACCAUUCCCCGCAAGAUCAUCGAUGCGGUCGGCAAGCUCUCGAAUCACAUCACGGCCGACUCGGCGUCGCGCGAGCUCAAGACGCUCAAGCGGUCGGAGGAGACGGCGUUCCUCUUCAACGAGCCGAACCUGCUACAAGUUCCGGUAUCCGGCGCGGCGGUUUGUGUGGGAGCUGUUUGA